AUGGCAUCCAUCGACAUAUUACGACAAAUAUGGGCCGAUGUCCUCGGCAUCGACAUCAGCGACUUUAGCGACGAUGACAAUUUUAUGGCCUUGGGAGGCAACUCGAUCAAAGCAAUUCAAUUUCUUGGCGAAAUUGCAACGUUUGUAGAGAAUAUUGAUUUAGCGGCUUUCCUUAACGACGCGACAAUCAAGAGUGUUUGGGAGACCAUUAAAACGUAUCAAAAAAAUACAAAUCUAAACAAUAGUAAUAGCAUAACGGCCGCAACGGAGAGAGGGCCCGGCCAUAUCAUUUCUGGAAUCAGCUUUAAUGCAGUUGCAUCAAAUCUGCGAAAAGCGGGCAUCUCAGAAGACGAAAUUACUGAUAUAGCACCAGUCAGCUCCAUUCAAGAAUUCUUUCUACAUCAUCAGCGCAAUGGUGGCACGGGCUGCAUGAACUACUUUUAUGAGGUUGAAGGGCCAAAUCUGAAGCAAGGGCUGAAGCAUUUCACACAGCUCCUAGAGGCUAAGAAUCCCAUUUUUCGCACAACAGUCGCCGAAGUGAGUGAGGAAAAGUUUGCCUUGGCUCUACUUUCGAAGACUGCUUCGCCUUGGUCGUAUCCUCCCGACAUUCAGUCGCAUCUCAAAACAACCGCGGCUCAGCAGUUUCAACUAGGUGCGCCAGCCGCACGGUAUGCUCUUGUGCUCGGGGACGCGGCCCACGAAGGUCGCAAUUUUUUUAUAAUCUCCGUCUAUCACACGCACACUGAUGCUUUCACGCGCUUUCUAAUUGACAAAGAGAUGUCACUGAUUACGCAGUCGCCAUCUGAUUAUGCCCGUGCUGAGAACACUGAACGGCCCUGGUUUGGGUCAUUUGUUAAGCAUGUUCACCUUACAACCCCGCAGGAAGAAGUGGUAAAAUUCUGGGAUAACUAUUUACGUGGUGCAGAUGUGGCGAACAUCCAUCCACUUGACAAAGCUGUGGUGAGUGGCACUGUUGAGCCCAUCAUAACAGAUAUGCUCCCUGUACCUUUUCUUAACUCCGAGGUAAAUGGCGACGCUCCGAGAAACCCAACGCAAGUUAUCCUUGCCGCGUGGGCAAUGGCUUUAGCAAAAUUGUCAGGGCAUCGGGACGUCACAUUUGGCCUCUGUCGUCACGGCCGGUCUUCGAACACGUUUGCAGAUGUGUGGCGUGUCAUGGGGCCACUGGUUAAUGCAGUGCCAUUCCGGAUUUCGGUCCAGCGUAAGGAGGAACCCGUCGAGGAGCUAUUGCACCGCGUCGAAAGUGAUAUUGCCACUACAACAGAAUGGGAACAAGGAUUUGCUCCUGGCGUGGUCCCCAGCCCUGACGGGCGACCAUGGGUGCAGUCUUUCGUCAAUAUGAGCUCUGAGCUGCACAACGUAAACACCACUGGAACCACCAAUGAGAGCGACUCGGCAAUAACAAAGAUGAUUCCGCGACCGGAUCUAGUCGAUUUCAACACAGAUUAUCACUGGGCGAUUAUCUUGAUGAUCAAGAGGCUGCGUGACCAAUACCAAGUCUCAAUGCUUUGCAAUCUGUCACUCCUUUCACGUGACAAAGCGGGCGGCUUGUUUAACGAUUUCAAGGCAUUCAUGAGCGCACUGUCUGCGGGAGAUGAGAAGAUUGUAGGGGAUUUCCUGGAGUAA